AAUAAAUAAAAACAAACUGACUAAUUACAAGCUUGCUGUUACAAGAAAAAUAUAUCAUUUCUUACUUUUAGUUUAUUUCAUCCCUGUGAGCUAACCUGUAAACUAUUAUAAUUCCGAUCCUUUCACCCAGUUGUGGAUUAUUAGAUUACUAUCAAAUUAGUUUUUUUUUUUUGCAUCAUGAUUGGUGGAUCAUACACUUUUAUGAAAUAUAUCUAAGAUACUGACUUUUAACAAUUAAUGAUUAGAAAAUCAUGUAUUUAUAUACAAGACAAUAAUACAAUGAAAACGUUGUAUUGCCAAACUAAGAUUUUAUAACAUACAGAAAUCUUUAGAAUUUUAUUAUCUAUCUUCAACAUUAAUAACAAACUGAAUAAUUACAAGCUUGCUGUUACAAAAAUAAGAAAAUAAAUUGCCAACUAUGCAACUCGAUUUUCACAAUAAUGUCACUUACUCAAAACAUGUAUAUAAACACACAAUUUAUCUACCAAAUUGUCUAACAAAGAAAAACAACUAAAACUCUGACAUAAAGAAAACUAUGAUGAUGUCGAAGAAGAAAGAAACCAUGGGACGACAGAGAAUUCCAAUGGUUAGGAUUAAGAAAGAGACCCACCGGCAAGUCACAUUCUCAAAACGUAGAGCCGGUCUAUUCAAGAAAGCUAGCGAGCUUUGCACAUUGUGCGGCGCAGAGGUUGGGAUCAUCGUGUAUUCUCCAGCCAAAAAGCCUUUCUCUUUCGGCCAUCCCAGCGUCGAAUCCGUAUUGGACCGUUAUUUGUCCCGCAACAAUUUGUCCAUAACGCAGACGGAGAAACCGCAGGGAAACGCUGCAGCGAGCAGCAGCGUGCUGAACGUGGAGCUGACGCAGAUCGUGAGCCAGUUAGAGGAAGAGAAGAAGAAGGGUCAAGCGAUGGCAGAAAUGAGAAGAGCUAAUGCGGUGAGGUGGUCGAUGACGAAUUGGUGGGAAAGGCCAGUGGAGGAGAUGAAUAUGAUUCAGUUACGGGAAAUGAAAUCUGCGUUAGAGGAGUUGUGGAAGAUUGUUGUGUCAGAGACAAGUACGGCUCGCCAGCUCGGUUUAAGGAUGUGAUAGAGGAUGUGUUAGGUUUCUUGGAUAAUAAUAAAGUUACGGCUCCCUC